GUACUUGCGUAGCGAAAUCAACUAUGCUACAAUAUCGGGUCAUCUCUACCAGACUUCUCACGCCAAAAACAACAAGAACAAGACUCGGUUGCGAACAAAAACAAAAACAGUAGCGAGCGAGUCUAAACAUGUUUUGAACAGAACGGUUGCUCCUAAGGCUCUUAACUUGUGUGUAGUCAUCGCUUAUGAACAUACUGCAAAGUGCUAUCGAAUUGUAACUAUGCCGUCUCAAGAGUUUCACAUGAGCACCUUUUCGCUGCUGGUACUUGUUGCUCUGUGCUCCUGUCGGCCUGUUGUUGGUUCUUCACUCCUAGAAUGGAUGGGUAUCAGCAGCUGGUCAAACCCUAAUGAAAAGGAAGUAGCUGUUCAGGAUGGUGUUCCACUUCUGAAAGUCCCAUUUGAGGAAGCUACACCAGAAGAUAAAUUUUUGAGAGAAGCAGAAAAGUUGGUUGGCCUCAAAACAUCGGCGCUUGACACUUGCCAACACAAGGUUGUUAUGAAAAUUCAGUCAUCAUGCGCCUCUAUAUCUGAAGAGGAACUUGCCAAACUAAGUGUUAACCUAUUAAAUUGUCAGUCAGCUGUUGAAGGAAGGCAACAGUUCCCAUGUACUGAGAAAAUGUCAUUGCGUGACUGUACAAAUAAGAUGGACUCAGAUAUGUGGAAUACAUAUCACUUGAUGAAUAAUCGUGCCCGGGCAGUCUGUUAUGCAGCCAGACAUCAACAGUUUCGAGCCCUCUCAGAAAUGACAGUAAACAGGCUUAUGAGGACUGCAAAUGAGCAGCUUCACACAAUGGAUUUGUUAAGAGAUGGUCAAACCAAACUUGAAACUCUCACUUCUGGUACAUUAGAAUCAGUGUCCAAGGGCCAUCAAACAUUGCUUGCAGAGCAAGAAAAACUUAAAACUUCUCAGCAGAGUGUUCAUGAUUUUGUUGCUCUAAACCUUCGAGAGUUGACAAAAGAAAAAGCACUAAUUGCUGCUGGCCAUAGAGAAUUGUCUCUCAUGACAAAAGAGGUGAAAUCCAAGCUAGAUGAAGCGAGCAGUCAGCUCUCUACUCAAGCUAAUGCAAAUCAGAAAAAUCAUUUGCAAGUUUUAGCUGAUUUGGAAAACCUACAGCGGAAGGCAUUUGACAUUUGGGAUCAAGUUGAUGCCAGCACAAAGAAAAUUCUGGACCAACAUGCUGAAGCGGCUGAUGACUUUGAAAAAAUGCUCCAAAACAUAGCUAAAAUAAAUGCUUCUGUUGAGUACUUGAUGAAAACAGUUGACAGAACUCGUUCUGAAAUAGAUGAGAGGCUUGGUUGGAUUAUCAAGUUUAUCACUGAAUCAGGAGACCAGCUAGAAUGGAUUCAGCAGUGCUUGGCCCAUGGAUUGUAUCUUGUUCUGGGAAUGAUUGCAACUUCUUUCAUUCAAGCUCCACCUGCUGUUCGUUGUGCUCUGAUUCUCAUUGUUCCUCUAAAUCUUGCUUUGACAUCUCAAGAAGGUGCCAAAGGAGCCCUUGAUUUUCCAGGAAUUACCCUCUUACUAAUUUUGUUUACUGGAGUAAAUUGGUUCCUUACUUCACUCCAUGAGUGGUUUGUUCUGGAAGGUUACAUUUCAAGACGUACUCCUGUAAUGUACCAUCCCUCUCUUCCAAACGGUGUUGGAGUAAAUGCACCAGUAAAUGGUCAAGCAGUGACUCCUGAGGCUGGAAGUACAAAUAUUGCAAGUUCUCCUGAUUUUCUAUCGACUUGCUGGUCAAGUCUUGGGAUUUUCUACAAUUAUUCUAAACGGAAAGUAUCUGAGAGUACUGGAAAAGUAAUGUCACUAUUUAGCCUCUCUGGUGGGCAGGUCCCAGCAGGUGAACAGACAAAUGUCCGUAAUGCUUCCAAGGAUGAAGUCGAUGAUGGGAACAAUAGUGAGGAUGAAGGCUCAGUUGAACAAGAAAUAAGAAUUUCGGCUCAGAGAUUGCUUUCAAAUCCUCCAAGAAUGUACAACGCGUCUGUGCUAAGAUCAGAUACACCAGUCAGUAGCCGCAGUUCUCUCAGUCAAACACCUUCUAGGUCUGGUACUCCAAGAAAUCCAUGUAUUGGGUACACCAGAGAUGGGCGACCAUGCCGUAAUUCAGCUAUGCCAGAUUCUCAAACAUGUCGGCUUCAUCUGUCAUCUCCAGCCAGAGGCUGAGAUGUGAUUUUUAACUGGAUGUUACAGGCAGUUUCUUCUUUCUCUAGAAAACCUCUGUCACUAUGUCUACCUUACAUCAUACUUCGUUCAAAAACCUAUUUUGGUGCUGAAAACCUUUCUUUUUUAUCAAUUUAUGAAAGGAUAACUGUAUAUAAUAAUUUUAAGCUGAUAUGCAUUGGUUUGUAUCUUAAGUCUUGUGAUUUAAACCUGUUUGUUUUUAUUGUUAAUCUAAUCAGGGGCGCUGCGCCCUCUUACUUUUAACGUGGUGUAUGUUUUAACUUAAUACUUCUCAGGUUGUAGGUGUUGUGUGGUGAUUUUAUUAGUAGUGGGCAUUUAACUUAAGAGGGUUUCUGUUGUCAUAAACUGUGUUUGCUAUUUUUGUGUAGAAUUCUAUUUUUAUGACUUCAUGGAAGUGCAAUUUCACUUAUUAACAACUUGUGGUUAACUGUAAGAUUUUUUAAUUUAUAUUUUGUAUGUACUGUAAGAUCCUGUAGAAUGGUGUUUCAAACUCGUGCCUUUUGAUCCUAAGCUCUCUUUAGUGUAGGGAAGUGUUGGGUCAGUUUCUCAUGUUAUUUGGAUGACGUCAAGUGUCUAUUCCUUUGCAUGUUUUCUAGUCACAAUUUUGUUUUGAGAGUUGGACCCAUCAAAGCGUCAUGGGCUGAAACUUCAAAUUUUCUGGAUUAUAAAUAACUGAAAGCAAUUUUAAAGGUACAGUAGUUCUUUUCAUUUAUGUUAUUAAUUCUACAGAAAAACAUAACUACUUUAGAUAUGUAAAAUGAAUGUUGCUGUGACAAUUUAUUCUUGUGCUAUCUUUUGAUGCUGGCAUUUAAAUUUGGCACAUAUUGCCUUAUUUCUGUAUCUUGCGCUGCAUUAUGAAUGUUUGAAACAACAUUUUGAUGAUGACAUGCAUACUGCCUCAACUCUACCGCAUGUUUGAAAUCAUUUGUUGAAUUUUUUAUUUAUGCCUCCUCUUCCUCCCCUGCUUUUCUUGUUGAUUUUCUGCUUGCUUAAAGGCGCGCCUUGUUUGACAGUUUUAUACACAUCUUUUCAGAGUGGAGUAGAGUUUGUUGCUAAUGAACUUAUUUAUUUUUGGUAAUUGUUAUCAGUGAAUCCCUUUGUGCAUUUUUUUAAGUACCCCCUCUUAUGAACAUUUACCUUGUUAGUUACCUGUAGGAGACAUGAAGUGGUUUCAGCUAUUAUGACUUUUACUUAGUUUUUAGUACGUAUGCUGAAGCAAUGUUAGUGGAAAAGAUAUUUCAAAAACAGUGCUAUGUGACAACUCCGUUACCUCUCCUGUUUUAUUUAUACUUUAGAAUGAUGUGGCAUCAUUUGGUUGUUCCUUUUCAUCAUCUCUCAAUAGAUCUCAUCUACCAAGUUUGCUACAAACAUUUUGAAUAAUUUUGUAUGGAGUUUAUUUUAAGACAACGACCAGGACCUAGCCAGUUGUUGUAAGUACUUUGAAGGAGUUUAUUUCAAGACAACCACCAGGACUUUACCAGUUGUAUGUUACCUAAGAGUCACAAACUAUGCUCCAUUAUUUAUCACAAUUGUACAAACCCUCAAAUUCAAUGAGACUAGAAUAAAAAAUUCAAAAUAAAGAAAUUCCCAAUCAA